AUGCUACAGAUCUCUGUGCCCAGGACUGUGCGAGAUAGGUUGUUAAUGGUCUGUCUGCAUAUCACUAUAAAUAUCUAUACCCAACUAGAACUCUGUAUAACAACACCCGUAAAUAUCUAUACCCGACUAGAACUCUGUAUAACACCCGUAAAUAUCAAUACCCAAUCAGAACUCUGUAUAUCAACACCAGUAAAUAUCUAUACUCAACCAGAUCUCUGUAUAACAACACCAGUAAAUAUCUAUACCCAACCUGAACUCUGUAUAACAACACCAGUAAAUAUCUAUACCCAACCAGAACUCUGUAUAACACCAGUAAAUAUCUAUACCCAACCUGAACUCUGUAUAACAACACCAGUAAAUAUCUAUACCCAACCGGAACUCUGUAUAACACCAGUAAAUAUCUAUACCCAACCGGAACUCUGUAUAACACCAGUAAAUAUUUAUACCCAACCUGAACUCUGUAUAACACCAGUGAAUAUCUAUACCCAACCGGAACUCUGUAUAACAACACCAGUAAAUAUCAAUACCCAACCGGAACUCUGUAUAUCAACACCAGUAAAUAUCUAUACCCAAUCAGAACUCUGUAUAACACCAGUAAAUAUUUAUACCCAACCUGAACUCUGUAUAUCAACACCAGUAAAUAUCUAUACUCAACCAGAUCUCUGUAUAACAACACCAGUAAAUAUCUAUACCCAACCGGAACUCUGUAUAUCAACACCAGUAAAUAUCUAUACCCAAUCAGAACUCUGUAUAUCAACACCAGUAAAUAUCUAUACCCAACCGGAACUCUGUAUAUCAACACCAGUAAAUAUCAAUACCCAAUCAGAACUCUGUAUAACACCAGUAAAUAUCUAUACCCAAUCAGAACUCUGUAUAACACCAGUAAAUAUCUAUACCCAAUCAGAACUCUGUAUAUCAACACCAGUAAAUAUCUAUACCCAACCGGAACUCUGUAUAACAACACCAGUAAAUAUCUAUACCCAACCGGAACUCUGUAUAACACCAGUAAAUAUCUAUACCCAAUCAGAACUCUGUAUAUCAACACCAGUAAAUAUCUAUACCCAACCGGAACUCUGUAUAACAACACCAGUAAACAUCUAUACCCAAUCAGAACUCUGUAUAUCAACACCAGUAAAUAUCUCUACCCAACUAGGACUCUGUAUAUCAACACCAGUAAAUAUCUAUACCCAACUAGAACUCUGUAUAACAACACCAGUAAAUAUCUAUACCCAACCGAAACUCUGUAUAACACCAGUAAAUAUCUAUACCCAAUCAGAACUCUGUAUAACACCAGUAAAUAUCUAUACCCAAUCAGAACUCUGUAUAUCAACACCAGUAAAUAUCUAUACCCAACCGGAACUCUGUAUAACAACACCAGUAAAUAUCUAUACCCAACCGGAACUCUGUAUAACACCAGUAAAUAUCUAUACCCAAUCGGAACUCUGUAUAUCAACACCAGUAAAUAUCUAUACUCAACCAGAACUCUGUAUAUCAACACCAGUAAUUAUCUAUACCCAAUCAGAUCUCUGUAUAACAACACCAGUAAAUAUUUAUACCCAACCUGAACUCUGUAUAACAACACCAGUAAAUAUCAAUACCCAAUCAGAACUCUGUAUAACACCAGUAAAUAUCUAUACUCAACCAGAUCUCUGUAUAACAACACCAGUAAAUAUCUAUACUGAACUCUGUAUAACAACACCAGUUAAUAUCUAUACCCAACCGGAACUCUGUAUAUCAACACCAGUAAAUAUCAAUACCCAAUCAGAACUCUGUAUAACACCAGUAAAUAUCUAUACCCAAUCAGAACUCUGUAUAUCAACACCAGUAAAUAUCUAUACCCAACCGGAACUCUGUAUAUCAACACCAGUAAAUAUCUAUACCCAACCGGAACUCUGUAUAACAACACCAGUAAAUAUCUAUACCCAACCGGAACUCUGUAUAUCAACACCAGUAAAUAUCAUACCCAAUCAGAACUCUGUAUAACACCAGUAAAUAUCUAUACCCAAUCAGAACUCUGUAUAACACCAGUAAAUAUCUAUACCCAAUCAGAACUCUGUAUAUCAACACCAGUAAAUAUCUAUACCCAACCGGAACUCUGUAUAACAACACCAGUAAAUAUCUAUACCCAACCGGAACUCUGUAUAACACCAGUAAAUAUCUAUACCCAAUCAGAACUCUGUAUAUCAACACCAGUAAAUAUCUAUACCCAAUCGGAACUCUGUAUAUCAACACCAGUAAAUAUCUAUACUCAACCAGAACUCUGUAUAUCAACACCAGUAAUUAUCUAUACCCAAUCAGAUCUCUGUAUAACAACACCAGUAAAUAUUUAUACCCAACCUGAACUCUGUAUUUCAACACCAGUAAAUAUCUAUACCCAACCGGAACUCUGUAUAACAACACCAGUAAAUAUCUAUACCCAAUCGGAACUUUGUAUAACACCAGUAAAUAUCUAUACCCAAUGAGAUCUCUGUAUAACAACACCAGUAAAUAUUUAUACCCAACCUGAACUCUGUAUAUCAACACCAGUAAACAUCUAUACCCAACCGGAACUCUGUAUAACAACACCAGUAAAUAUCUAUACCCAACCGUAACUCUGUAUAACACCAGUAAAUAUCUAUACCCAAUCAGAACUCUGUAUAUCAACACCAGUAAAUAUCUAUACCCAACCGGAACUCUGUAUAACAACACCAGUAAACAUCUAUACCCAAUCAGAACUCUGUAUAUCAACACCAGUAAAUAUCUCUACCCAACUAGGACUCUGUAUAUCAACACCAGUAAAUAUCUAUACCCAACUAGAACUCUGUAUAACAACACCAGUAAAUAUCUAUACCCAACCGAAACUCUGUAUAACACCAGUAAAUAUCUAUACCCAAUCAGAACUCUGUAUAACAACACCAGUAAAUAUCUAUACCCAACCGGAACUCUGUAUAUGAUCAAUGUACAUACCUAUCUACAAAUCUGUACAUCACAGCUGUAA